GAGGCAGGGAGGCCGGUGAGGAGGCUCUGCCUGAGCUCUGGCCUCUCCUCGUGGCUUCCCAGGAUAUCCAAAAGAAGCGGCAGAAUAAAGACCUGAUUGAACUUCAAGCCCUGAUUGACAGUCACUUUGAGGCCCGGAAGAAGGAGGAAGAGGAGCUCAUUGCCCUCAAGGAGAGAAUUGAGAAGCGCCGAGCGGAGAGAGCCGAUCAGCAGAGAAUCCGGGCCGAGAAGGAGAGAGAACGGCAGAACCGGCUGGCCGAGGAGAAGGCCAGGCGAGAGGAGGAAGAUGCCAAGCGGAGGGCAGAGGAUGACAUGAAGAAGAAGAAGGCCCUCUCCUCCAUGGGCGCCUCCUACAGCAGCUACCUCGCCAAGGCUGACCAGAAGAGAGGCAAGAAGCAGACGGCCCGCGAGAUGAAGAAGAAGGUGCUGGCGGAGCGGCGCAAGCCCCUCAACAUCGACCACCUGGGCGACGACAAGCUGAGGGACAAGGCCAAGGAGCUGUGGGACACGCUGUACCAGCUGGAGACGGACAAGUACGACUUUGGGGAGAAGCUGAAGAGGCAGAAAUACGAGAUCAUGACCGUGCGUGCCAGGGUGGAGAUGCUGGCCAAGUUCAGCAAGAAGGCUGGCGCAAAGGGCAAGGUCGGCGGGCGCUGGAAGUAAAGCGGAGGGCGGACGUCCAGAGCGAAGACCCGUCCUCCCCCUGCAAGUGGCCCCUUCUCCAGAUGCUGGCGCCCUCUCUGCCUCCCCCCUGCCUCCCCCACCUCCGUCUGCCCUCAAGGGCUCCAGGAGAUUCCUCAGAGGGGGAAAGGGGGCACCUCGCGGAGCUUCCCAAGAGACCCCCCGUCCCCUGACCCCCUUCUCCCAGCACCCCCUCCAGGCCUGCUUGCCCUCUCGGGGGCUUGUAAAUAAAGCUCACUUGACCCUUC